AUGGAGGAGCUGGUGCGGCUGCUGGAGACGUACCGCGGGAGAGACAAAGUGAUCCGGACAGCGUGUUACGGUGCACAGCUGGUGGGCGGAGUCCUGUGUCGUGGCUCCUCCCCCUCCUCCCAUGGCCCCGCCUCCCUGCGUCUGGGUCGCAGCCUGCUCCUGCUCUCCUCUCAGCUCAGUCAGUGUCGCACCGUCCUGAGGCUGUUUGACGACCUGUCCAUGCUGGCCUUCUCCCACAGCUACGGACUGGGAUCCACGGAGAAGGACCAGUGUGUGCGCUGGCUCUCGGUGCUCACAAACCUGUCCGAUCAGCUGUAUUACCCCUGUGAGCACGUGGCCUGGGCCGCAGACGCCGGCCUGGUCCCAGUGAAGUCCGAGCGCUGGUGGGUCCUCAGCUGUGGGCUCUGGGGGACCUCUCUGCUGCUGGGGAUUCUCAGGUCUCUGCGUGUGCUGCUGCUCCUGAAGACCAAACUGUGCAGAGAGACCUCCUCUCUCUGCGCCGAGGAGCGGAGCAGAUUACAGUCUCAGCUCCGGUCUGAGCUCCUGUCCGUUGUGUCCAAUGCUGCUGACCUGUUUAACGCUGUCCACUGGAUGCCUCCUGGGUUCCUUUGGGCCGGACGGUUCCCAGAUUGGACCGUGGGGCUCCUGGGCUCCAUCUCCUCUGUGAUUGGCGACGGCGAGGUCAUUGGACUGUGUGGGAGAACACGCUGUGCUCCAGGCCGCCGCUUCCUGUACAUGGUGAACCGGGAGAGUCCGUCCGAGACCCAGAGGAGGAUCAGCCGCAAGAGCAAAGUGGGACGUGGGGAGGUGCAGUGGAACCCACACGCUCAGAGGGCCCACGUCUUCGCCGCUUCGGCAACCAGCGUGGGGAUCUGUACUCCUGGAGGGACAGGCUGCGGAGUGGUGCACACGUCUCUACAGGGGACACACAGAGUAUUUAGCUUCAGAUUGUUCUCCUCUGUCAAUAUUAUCUCCAUCCAUGCUGAUAUCAGGAUACUUCUGUCUUAG